CAGAAUGACUCGUGAAGGAGACUGUCGCUAAUCGUAUCAAUGGUUCGAUAAAGGAGGGAAAAGCGAACCUGUGGAGGAGAAGCGUGUUCAAAGUGACGGACCGCGGACCUCUCGCGGUGUGUGAGAGUGUGUUCGUGUGUGUGUGUGUCGUUGACAGGUGUGUGUUGAUGUGUGUGAGCGCUCUCAUGCUGGAUCAUGAACGUUAGCCGGAACCUGGUUCUGCUCCUGGGCCGCAGGGCCGGUCCCCUCGGGGCCCCGCCGCGGCCCCCCGGGGCCCCCGGACCCCCCCUGGGCCUCAGCGGACCGGGCAGUCUGCAGGCGUGGAGGAGUUUCCGCCGCAGCCCGGUUUGCUCCAAGAUCCCCGCCGAGUUCGCCGGGAAGCAGGAGGACAAGUCGCUGGUCGCCCACGACGACCUGUUCGAGCGGGCGUCCCGGGACGUCCGCACCAAGGCGGCCUUUGGCCGGGCCGUGGACGUCUUCCUGAAGCGGGACAUCCGGCGCCGCGGACACGUGGAGUUCAUCUACGCCGCGCUGAAGAGGAUGCCGGAGUUCGGCGUGGAGCGGGACCUGGACGUCUACAACCGGCUGCUGGACGUCUUCCCCAAGGAGGUCUUCGUCCCGAGGAACUUCAUCCAGAGGAUGUUCAACCACUUCCCCCGGCAGCAGGAGUGCGGCGUCCAGGUCCUGGAGCAGAUGGAGAACUACGGGGUCCUGCCCAACGUGCAGACCAAGGUGCUGCUGGUGCAGGUGUUCGGGGAGAAGAGCCACCCCUUCAGGAAGUACCAGCGCCUCAUGUACUGGUUCCCCCGCUUCCGCCACGUCAACCCGUUCCCCGUGCCCUGCCAGCUGCCCGCCGACCCGGUGGACCUGGCCCGCCUCAGCCUGGCCCGCAUCGCCAACGACCGGGACGCCAGGGUGACGGUCUACCAGCUUCCUGCGACUGAACCCAGCGAGAGCGGCGCCGAGCGGACGCUGCCUCACAUCGUCGGGGUCCAGAGCCCGGCCCAGAUGGAGCUGCUGUCCAGACACGACCCGCGGCGCCCGGUCUUCGUGGAGGGCCCGUUCCCCCUCUGGCUCCGGACCACCUGCGUGCAGUACUACGUCCUCCGGGCGGACCCCGUCCCCCAGGAGCUCAGGGUGGAGGAGCCGUACGACCCGGAGCGCUGCCUGGACUACCCCCUGCAGCUGGACCUGGACCUGGACCGGGACCUCGGGGACGACGAGAGCUUCGACGUGGAGGACGUGGACGAGGGUCCGGUCUACGCCAUGUGCAUGGCGGGCCAGGGAGACCAGGCCACCCUGAACCAGUGGAUCAGCGGCCUGCAGGAGCAGAACCCCGUCCUGGGCCGGGUCCCCACGCUGUUCCGCCUGCAGGCCGGGUCCCGGGAGCUGCAGGCGGAGCCGGACCGGGUCCGCCGCCCCCCUCCGGACGAGCCGACGGCGGAGCCGGGGGUCCCGGUGGAGGAGGAGGAGGAGGAGGAGGCGGAGCCCCGGAGGAGCCGGGGCCUGAAGCAGUGAGCCGGACGGAGACUCAGAGACUCAGUAGUCAGACUGCUGCACCUGGUCUGGACCCGGGGACACGGUCUGGACCAGAUCAGGACCUGAACUGUGAGAUCAGUGAGCGUUUGCCUGUUAAACCUGUUAGAUGAGCGGGUGGAAGAACAAAACCGUCUGGCUUCAGCGAACUCUGCGAUAAGAAGCUGAAGGAAGAGUGGGUCUGAUGUCUGGUUUCAGCUCCUGAAGCUCAGGCUGGUCCAGAACGGUCCAGAACGGUCCAGAACGGUCCAGGGUCGCCUCCGCAGCACCAGGCGGACUCCGCAAUAAA